AUGCUACGCCAGCUGAUAAACGUGGUGCGCUUCGUACUGCAAACGGUGCGGAAGUAUAUCAAGCCACUCAUACUGAUCGUCUCGUUCCUGACAUUUAUCUGGCUUAUUGUGGAUACAACGCACAGACCGGAGUUUGUACGCCACGCGUCCAAGCACAGUUUCCGGCGCAAUCAAACUUCCGACCCGGAGGCCGAUCGGUGGGACCAGCUAUCGGUGCAGCGCUUUCUCGACCUGCUGGAAAUCGAUUUCAACGUGAGUGCACCCGAUAGCCCCCAACAGGGACAUCCCACGUCCUGCCAGCAAGACAACACCUUGCUGUUUACUGCCUUCGCAGGCAGCACCUUCGUAGAGCAUAUGUGGCAUUACUUGUCCCUGAUCGCCCUACAACGCAGUGUAAUGCACACCGGAGCCGACCACUUCGAUGUACGUACGAUGCUGACUAUUAGUGCAAGGGCCGAGUUGAGUCAACUGUUCGUAAGUUUAUCGGAUGAUGUUAUCGAUCAGCAAAAGAUCCAAUGCUACGACGUGCCCACUGCUUACAUCUUGAACGACGACACCACUGUUGAGGUGCCUGAAUCCGGCAGUCAACUGUACAUUCUAAAUAACAACGCCAGGCGGCUUCGAGAAAUUCUGCAAGUAUCCUGGGAAGAUGUAGCCAUGUACUUCCAAAUAGAUCUGAACAGCAGGAAAAUAGCAAACGACAUAUUGGUGAAUCUUCGACAGCGUACCAUACAGAAUGAAGGUGAAGAAGUCGGUGCUAGCCUACAAUUCGUUGGCUUGAAGGUAGAUGAUGGAGAUGAGCUGCCGUUCGAGUAUUACUAUCGGGCAAUCACUUUCCAGCGUAAAAUGUACGACAAUGGCCAGUUGUUGUUCGUUUUGCUGUGCAAAGACACGAAAGGGACGAUCUGCAGUAUGCUGAACGCGCAAAGCGAACACAUUACCGUGUUGCAACAAAACAUCGAACCGGCCAUUGACUUUGCGUUAAUGUCUCUGUGUAAUCACACUAUUGUUUCUCAGGAAGCAGACAUCUUCCCACCGCUGCUCCGUGGCACUGGUAACACAGUUGUUUACGGUUAUGAAGACGACUACAGUACAAACGUCGGACUUGAGCUCGCGAACUUUAAAGACCACUGGUACUCGAUCGUUUAG